AAUAGAAAAACGUCAAAAUAUCAACAAAAACGCAUGCUGCCUCGACUGCGGCUUUCGCGAGUAUACUUAAUAGUUUCCAGAUGAUAUUUAUUUGCUGUUAUAGUUGAAACUCAGGAUUAUUUCACGGGCUUACGUUUGGCAAAAUGGUGAAGAAUGAAAAGGAAACAAAACCAGUUAGAAAAGGGCUGAGCGGAGCCCUGAAGUUAUUUCUGGAGCAGUCGAAAAAUCCAGCCAAAUUUUUAAUUGCACAGCCAUCGCAAGCGGAGAAAAUUAAAAUGCUCGUUAAAUCACUCUAUGAUCAUAGUCAAAGCUUUGAUCACGGAGCCGGUAUAAAAUCGUAUCUCGAUCAGCUGGUGGUUGAGGAAAUGGACGCAGAGCAAAUUUGGCAACAACUCGAGCUUAGAAAUGAAUAUCUGUUGAACGAAGAUUUGUCCAGAACCUCACAGUUACUGUCAAUGGGUUCCAAACGAAUGCAACUAGUUUUUAAAAAGACGGAAGCAGUGGAUUCAUCGAGUAAUGGGGCUUGUGAUCCUCAUGUUAAUAGAAGUGCGGAUAGCUCUUCAGAAGAAGAAUCACACCAGGAAAAUAAUUCGCCUAAAGUAAAGACAAGGGUACGGAAAGGAAAACGAUCGAUAGUAGAUGAUCAGUUUUUCAAAUUAGAGGAUAUGGCCAAGUUUUUGGAUGAGGAAGAUGAACGGGAAAUGAGAAAGCAAUCGGGAAAACCUGACAAAGAUUCUCUAAUUGAAAUAGAUUAUUUCAGUAGCAAUGCUGGCGAGAAUGAUCUAUCUGAUGGAGAUGGCAUAAAAUACUCCGAUUUCUUCGAUGAUGAUGAUGGUGACUCAGGCAAUGGUCAUGAGACGAACGAUACAGCCGAAGAGGAGAGCUCGGAUAACGAUGACGAUAAAGCUGAUGAAAGUUCUGAAGCUGAAAAUAAUCCAAAUAAUGCUUCGGGUGAUGAAAAUUCCGAGGACGAAGUGGAACGAAACCGUCGGCUUCGAUACGAGUUAUAUAAUAGUGCGGAGGAUUUUGUUGAAAAGAAAAACAAAAUGCCUUCGAUUCCGGAACCAGAACCCGUUCAGUCUGAACAAGAGACUGAAGAACAAGAGAAUGGUCCUAAAUCAUCCUUUGAGCUACGUCAGGAAAAGCUGCAUAAGCGAAUACAGAAAAUGGAGGAUCAACUGUUACAAGACAAACCUUGGCAGUUGAAAGGGGAAAUUUCUGCCGAUACCCGCCCACAAAACUCGCUUCUCGAGGAGAUCCUGGAAUUUGAAUCAACUACUCGACCAGCCCCUGUUAUUACCGAAGAAACUACGAUGCGCCUAGAGGAUAUUAUCAAACAGCGGAUUAAAAACAAGGUUUAUGAUGAUGUGGAAAGGAAAAUUCGCCCACCCGAUAAUCCACGAGAAUACCGAAAACAGUUGGUACUUGAUGCAGAGAAAAGCACGCAAUCAUUGGCCCAGAUUUACGAAAAGGAUUAUCUGAAACAGCUAGAGAAAUCCAAUCCGAAUGCAGAUGAAAAUGAACCUGAGGAACCUAAAGAACACAAGGAAAUUCGAUCGGCUAUGAAAAGGUUGCUCGCACAAUUGGAUGCUUUGUCCAACUUCCGUUACACACCUCGUCCGGCAGUGCCUGAAUUGAAAAUCAUUACCAAUACGCCGGCCAUUAGCAUGGAGGAAGUAGCUCCGGUAGCAAUAUCAGACGCCGUUUUACUUGCACCUGAAGAGGUACACAAUAGACCUAAGGGUGCUGUUAUGAGUAAAGAUGAACGCACCAAAUCGGACAAAAAUCGUGAACGGCGGUUGAAAAAACGUUUCCAGCGGGAUAAGUUCAAUCGACAAGCGGAAAAGGAACGGAAGAAUCUUGCUAAAGGUUUCUUGCCAAAAACGAAGGAAGUGCAGGAGAAACUACUGAAGAAGGUUUCCAAAGCAAAGAACGUGAGCGCAAUGACAGAAACCACGGGAGUAGGAAAAUCGUCAUCGGCAUUUUUCUCACAGCUGCAAGAUGAAGUCAGUACGCAAAUUAAACGUAAAUUGGAUCCUAGCGAUAAGAAGCAAAAUAAAAGCCGAUUGAAAGCGACGCACGUUAAACUAUAG